UUCUAUACCUAUAUUCUAAAGUAACCCGCUCCUCUUCACAAAAUAUCGCAUCUUAAAUUGAACUACCAGAUUUCAUGGCGUUCUCAAAUUUUGCUUAAAUUUCAGGUUGUUCAUUACAACAAUCUGCAAUUCGCCUCAAAAGGAGAACCUCCUCCCAUAAUUAGCUCUUCCCAGGCUUUAGCACUUGUUAUGGAUCAUAAUAUUGAAGCAUCUGUUGAAGAGGUUAAAGAGAGUUUUACAAGUUCAUCAAAUCGAAAACAAAAAAUAUGUGAAGCAUGGGAUUUUUGUGAGAAGUUGCCAAGGGAUAUAAAUGAAGAUAACAUAUUACGAUCAAACUGUAAAACAUGUGGAUUUGUGUUGCUAACUGACUCGACUUUGGAAACUUCAAAUUUAACUCGACAUCACUCGAAACACCAAAAAAAGGCAACCAGUCAAGGUAAGCCAGUAGAUCAUGAACAAUAUCAUGAAAAGAUAGCCAGGGCUAUAGUUAGACAUAACUAUCCAUUUAACUUUGUGGAGCAUCAAGGGAUUAGAAAUAUUCAUGUCUUUUUGAAUCCUAGUGUUAAAACCCUUUCAAGAAAUACCACAAAAGAUGACGUUAUUAAGUUGUAUGAGAAUCAUAAAGAAACAGUAAAGGAUGAACUUGCAAGUAUUCCUUGUAGAAUAUGUUUGACAUCUGAUUUAUGGACUUCAAUCACCUCUGAUGGUUAUAUGUGUGUCACUGCUCAUUAUGUUGAUACAAAUUGGGUUUUGUUUUGCAAAAAAGAAUUUUGAUAUUUUGUCAUGUGCCUCCUCCCAUAGUGGUCCCAUUCUAGGUCCAAAAUUGAUGAAUAUGUUUACAGAAUGGGAAAAUGAGAAAAAGAUAUUUUUGAUAACCUUAGACAAUGCACGCUAUAAUGAAGGCAUUGUAGAUAGAUUGAUCGAACAUUUUAAGUUGAUCGAUUCUCUACUUUCUGAUGGAAAGUUUGUGCAUAUUCGAUGUGCAAACCACAUUUUAAAUUUUUUUGUUAAGGAAGGUUUGAAGACAAUUGAGACUUCAAUAUGUAACAUUAGGGAAAGCAUAAAGUAUGUUAAAGGUUCUGAGGCAAGAAAAAUAAAGUUUGUAGAGUGUAGUAAGAACCUUGGUUUGAAGUUGAAUGGGAAGGUACGUCAAGAUGUAUUGACGAGAUGGAAUUCCACAUUCUUGAUGCUUAAUAGUGCUAUUCCCUAUCGUCAAGCAUUUUUUGAUUUUAAGGUACUUGAUGUUGAAUUUAGAUGUUGUCCUUCAGAAGAGGACUGGGCUAAAGCUAAAAGGAUUGCUAUGUUUCUGAAGCCUUUCUAGUAAGUCACUACUUUGUUUUUAGGAAAUUACUAUCCUACAACCAAUGUAUAUUUUCAUAAAAUUUGGAAAAUCCAUAUGACGAUAAUCGAAGAGAAGCAUAUCCAGGAUCUUAAUAUCAAGGCAAUGUCAAUGGAAAUGGAAACUAAGUUUCAAAAUUAUUGGCAAGAAGACUACAGUUCGAUUGCUUCAAUGGCGGUAGUCCUUGAUCCUCGGUACAAGUUAAAACUUAUGAUUCUUGCUUCACCAAACUUGAUCCACUCACUUGCAAUGAAAAGUCGUGGUAGAGGUGAAGUUGAAAUGGUGGCUGAAAUGGUGGAUGAUAUGGAAGAAUAUGAUAUUUUUGAAAGCCAAUCGGAACUUGAUUUAGAAAAGACACAGCUAGAUUCCUACUUGCAAGAGCCCGUGUUGGUUCGCAAAGGAAAUGAAGAUUUGGACGUACUUAAAUUUUGGAGAGAUAAUAGAAUUAAAUAUUCAGAACUUUCAUUGAUGGCACAUGAUUUGUUAAGUAUUUCUAUCACCACUAUUGCAUCUGAGUCUGCUUUUAGCAUUGGAGGUCGUGUUAUUGGUAAAUAUCGAAGUUCAAUUUUACCUGAGAAUGCAGAAGCAAAGUUAUGUUCGCGAGAUUGGCUUUAUGGUCAUCAAGCUUCUACUGACUCUGAAGAGGAAGAUGACAUUGCAAUAGAUGUGGAUAAAAUUGUGACUGAAAUAUUUAAUUAGCUUGGUGAUGUGAGUAGCCUGCAGUAUGACCUCAACAGAUGCGGCAAUAGACAAAAGAAUAUCAGAAAGAAGGCUUUCAUUUUACAUUUACGUAUAUAGGAAUAUGAAAAAUGAAGCAGAUUUGUUUUCCUACUGAAUUAUUAAGAAUACAAUAGCUUUUUGUCCUCAUAAUUUGCGUGUAUCCAUAAAGAUGUUCUAAAAUAAUUUAAAAUUUCCAAGGA